CUCCCCCCUUCUCUCUCUCUUUCUCUCUCUCUCCCUCCGCGCGACCUCCGUGCUUCGUUCGAAUCGGAAUCGCGCGGGACGGAUCCGCGCUUCCCCCCCUGUGUCGGAGCGCAAUUCCAGUCCCUACUCGAUCGCCCCUGGUCUCUUCCUCGGGGGGGUGCGAGCUAGGGUUUGCGUGCGAUCGUUGUUGCGAUCUCUCUCUCUCUCUCCCCGUCGAGAGGUUUCUUUGAUAAUCGCUUCCGUCCGUGCGUGUGCGUGUGCUUUCUAGGAUGUCCCGGUGCUUCCCGUACCCUCCUCCCGGGUACGCGAGGAAUGGGGUCCGCGACGAGGCGCUGAUCGAAUCGAUCAAGAGAGAAGUAGAGAAGGCGAAGAAAGAAAGGAGAAAAGAGAAAAAACGGGAAAAGAAAGAAAAGAAGGUGGCCCUGGAAAAUGGAGGUAGUAAAGACAAAAAGCAUAGUCAUAAGAGAAGGAAUGAGGGCAAGAGGACCCAAGAAGACCAAAAGGCAGGAGACCAUCGCAAGAAAAGAAAACAUGACACUGAACACUUUGAGAAGAGCAACCUUACUGAAGAACACGGGAAACCUGUCAAUUCUCUGAAUUCUACGGACAGCACAAUGAACAGAAGCAAAAAGCAAAAGCAAAUCUUGCCUCCGGAUGGUGGGCAUAACCCUGCAAGCAUUAUUCGGAUUCGGUUGCCUCUACAAAGGCACAAAGAUCCAGAAAUGCUACCCAGCGGGGAACAGCCUUGCUCUGCCCCAGUAAGGUUGGAUGUCUUUGGUCAUGAGAAGCAUGAACAUGCUCCUAGAUCUAGCACAGACCAGAGAGAGCAUCCCUGCUCGAUUUCUUUGAGUGCAGGCGAAGGUUCUGCCUCUAAGCUUGGCCCGACGGAGCAGCGUCUCUCUUCUGGAGUAGCUGAAACAUCUUCCCGAAAGAAUGGGACUUCGUCCUCACCGAGCUUAGACGAGCGUGGCCUCUCUCCAUCAGAAAUAAAAUACAGAAAUCUGGUAGAAAAUUGGGUGCCACCCUCGUUCCACAGUGGAUGUGCUGAUCUUGAUGAUCAGGAAUGGCUUUUCGAGAGAAAACAGCUCAAUUGUGAUGCUGGAAAAUGUAAAGCUGAUUACGAUGGCUUGACAUAUGGGAGCCCAAGCCCGUGGCCACGCAUGCAUUACUUACCAGAGGUUGAUAUGUAUGCUCUGCCGUACACGGUGCCCUACUGAAAUUCCCUCGGAUGCAAGAUGAGCAACAGGGGUUCAACUAGCUUAUAGGAAUGGAGUUCUCUUCGGAUGUUAACCGUUUCUUGCGAUCGUACCUGUUUGAUCUCUAAGGCAGUCCUAAUGGUAUUCAGAGGGCGUAGAUUUUGUGCGAGGGUUUCUUAUGAUAGGAAAGCGUGAAAAAGGCUGCGAGUGGAGGGCGGAGUUUUCCUAAUCGUAAUGACACACGGAACUGUUUUUCCCCCCAUAUUAACCAUAAUAAAAAAAAUUACUCAUAGCUUUUAGGUUAUCGGUCAUUCGGAGUUUGAUCUUUAGCUAUUUCUCCCACUCUUUUCACAGUGUUGUUGAGCAUAUCAUCCUCCUUUUUCUUUCAUUGCUAAUUGCAAUGGGUGCUGCUCCUUCCACUUCUUUCCAUAUCUUGGGGGAAGGGCGAGCCAACGCCCAUGUACAGGCAAAUGGGCAAAUGGGUAAGCUCUCCGGUCAAUACAGGAAGAGGAAGAUAUGGACUCGCUUAAGGAGGGGGGAUAAAGAUAAGAAUAUGCCUUUCAGAUGUUCCUUAUAGCUAAAAUGCUGUGUAUCUGUAUAUGUUCUGCAUCUGCAAAAGGUGCUUGAUCGGUCUCGUUACCUCACUUAUAGACGUGUAAUCGAACAUGUUUCAUGCACUGCAAGUCUGCAAUUACUCUA